CACCCCUCGCCCGCCACACCGGAACACCGCCUCUUCACACUCCAGACCCACGCGCACAUGGCUUCCCUUGGAGACGACGGGGAUGAGAUUCAGGAGGAUGUCCAGGAAGAAGGAGAGGAUCAUCAAGUCCAAGUCCCCGUGGCUGAAGAGGAAGAUCAUGCCGCUGCUCCACAAAGGGUUGCAUCCGGAGGAGAUGCUGGUGACCUUCUUCGUGGGAGAGGAGGAGAGGCUGCAGCCGCCGUUGCUGCCGUUGGAGGGAAUGCAGGCGCCAUCGCCGUCCAAAGCCUGCUGUACGAUGCUCUUACAGUUGAAAGAUAUGUAAGGGACCGGCAAUGGGAACUUCUUCAGGAGUAUCUGCGUCAGUUCAUCCGACGCGCCGGUCAUGAUUACCGCUUACACCAUAUCCCCAUGUUUCACUGUCAUCGUGGUCACCUGAUGAAUUUGAUGGCUGCCGGGCAACACUCACAGGCAAUGGCAUACUUCAUGGAUCAGCUUAAUGGAGAUGCCAUGAGAAACUUUCCCACUCAGUUUGCUAAUGGUGACCGCAUCAAAUCUGAGGUGGACAUGAUAUGGGAGUCCAUCACAAGGGGGAAUCCCAUACAGGAACCAGAAAAUGUUGCUCAGAGGAUAAAUGAUUAUAUGAGAUUCCAUUUCCCACGUGCAAUCGGGUAUCCAUGGAGGCAGGGGAGGAACUUACUAUGGCGUUUCGCAUUCAGAAUUUGCAUGCGACCAAGCGGACAUGCUACUUUCAGAUGCCUUUUGUGUCAAAUGGUAUUUGACAAAGGUAGCAUUCAGUCAAAGCUUGAAAAACAUUUGGAUGGUAAUAAUUGCCCGGGUAUGACAGAGCAUGCUACGAAUGUAUGGAGGGAAAUUGAGUUCCAGAUUAAAGCAGAGAAGAAAUCGGCUUUGAAGAGGCCUUCCAGUUCCCAGGUCAUCUCCAAAGGCCAUUCAGAAAGUAUAAAAAUGCCGAGACUUCAGUCUGCCAGUACUAAAGCCUCAAAAGAGAUCGCAGUUGGAGACCCAAGGCCCAUGGAAACGCAGGGUAAUAUUGGAUACGCCCUUCUAGUGAGCCUUUCUGCAGUUAUCCCUCAAGACUAUGCUGAUAAACUGGAAAUAUGCAUUGGCAUCAUUAAUGAAUCCAUGGACGAGGAGAUCCGCUGGAAGGAGGCAAUGAAUGGGAGAUCAAUAAUGCUAGACCUGCUUCUGUGGACGGAUGUGACAAAGGAUCAGUGUAAAGAACUGAGUAACUACUUCAAUUCCAUCUGUUGUUCAGUGCAGCAACCCCGUCCGCAGCAACCUAAUGCACCACCACAAGAGAUGGUCCCGCCUACUGGUCAUAUUGAUUUUGACAACUUAAAUCUUGAAGGCCUCUUGAACUGCUUCAGUUAUGAUGAAGAAGAGAAAAUUUACAUUGAGGCACCGCCUACCCCGUAUGAUCAUAUAUGGGAUUACGUGGAUCAAGAAGGUGAUGGUGGCCUUGAUGAACCUGAUGGCAACCCUGAAGACCAAUAGUCUCAGCACCUUCUUUUUCACCUCAGAAACUUUAAACUCUUCUUGUUGAUUGAUGCAGCACUUACUAUGGACUCAUUUUGUUCAGGAGAUUGUUAUGUAAACUUAUUAGGCCAGUAACACUAUUUCCUCUGUCGUUAAAGUGUUGCGGCCGCUGCUGCUGUAAGCCCCUGCUCUCUUAGGCGUGGUACGGGUAACUAUUUUUGGUUUCGCUUGAUACAGAGUCGACCAUGGUUUAUAUUGCCUAUCCAUCAAUUGACUGAGCUAGCUUGCUUGCCUUCAA